AUCGGUUGACGACUGGAUUUUAAAAUUUCCAAUCAUUGCGCUGGAAAGGAAAACAACCAGAAGCAAAGAAGCAAUGUGUCAAGCUGUCUUCUGAAAGGUGCACUGUGCAGAAGCCUGUUUAAACUUCAUCGCGAGCCUACCUGUUAGCAGGCUAUCGACCUCGCCUGCAAGCGGCUGCUCCUUUACCAGAACUGAGCAUCGUCUUACCAUUGUAUACAGCACUCCAGUGAUAUCGUCUCAAUUAGCCAACUUUCGCCCCGAGCCUACAUUUGGCAUCAAUUGCUAGAGAGGAAGGGCCUACCUAUCGGAACCCGAAUUGACCGCAAAUUAGCCAGCAGCAAACGGUUGCAAAAAUGAGUUCUCCUAUGCGACAACGCGGAGGCGUCCGGCGCUCUGCUCGCUUCGCCGCGCAGGAAGCGCACCAGCAGCCUGCAGCCAAGGGAAACGAGGACCUCACGGACGCCGACACGAAGCCGGAGGCCCAGCUGCCGCAGUACGGACCGAAGCGAGGCGCUAGCAGCAGGUCUCAGAAGGAGCAGCGGACGGCACCGGACGCCGCAGCUGCCGGCCAAGAGCCAGCUGCUGGCCAGCAGGCGGAGCAAGUGGCGCAGGGCGCCGCAGCUCCCAUCGCAGCUCCCACUCAGAAGCGCCAGCGGCGGACCGCAGCUGCGGGUGGGAGUGCAGUGGAGGUGCCGCGGGAGGACAAGCAGGGUGGUGCAGGCGAGGAGGCGGCAGCCAAGGGAGCGGAG